AUGACUCAGGUGCCUGAACUCGGACCUGAGUUGAUCGUUUAUAUCUCGCGAUCUCAGGCUCCGACGCUCUCACGAUCUGCAUAUACCCUUCUUUCUCUCAUCAUGCCCCCAGUCAGCGUAUCCAAAGGGCGCAGCCCAGCACCAGACGACACCUUCACCCAAAUGGCCGACACAGACCUCGAAUCCAUCGGCCGCCACUGCCAAUACGAAUACUGCGGCCAGCUCGACUUCCUCCCCUUCCGCUGCGAAUCCUGCCACAGCACCUACUGUCUAGACCACCGCACCGAGACCGCGCACCAAUGCCCCCGCGAAGGCGAAUGGGCGCGCCGCCGCACCGGCAACACCACGAGCGCAGGUCCCGCCCCCGAAAAACCCUCCAUCUACAACUCCGACCAGUGUGCCCACCUCCAGUGCAAAACCCUCAUCAACACACUCAAAGACCCCGCCGUGCGCUGCCCCCAAUGCAACCACCAGUACUGCCUGAAGCACCGGCUGCGGGAAGAACACGACUGCGCCAAGGUUACACCGCUGGGGGCGCGGGCGGGGAAUGCAGCGCCGGCGGAUACGAUCAAGUCGAUGUUUGCGCGGGUGCGGACGUGGGGCCGCGACAAGCAGCAGGCUGCGGCGAAGGGGUCGUUGUUGCCUGCUCUGCCGAAGAUGAAGCCUAAGCCGAAUAGUCCGGCAGCUAGGGCGGUGGCGGUGAAUGGGUUGAAGCGCUCGGCGAAGGGGGAUGCGGGGGUGCCGGCUGAUAAGAGGUUAUAUUUGCAUGCUGUUGGGACGGCGGAGACGCAGGCUGCAGAGCCGCCGGCUGGGGACUUCUUUUUUGAUUCGAGGUGGAAGGUUGGGAGGGUGCUUGAUGAUGCGGCGAAGAAGUUGCGGGUCGAGAAUUUGAAUAAUCGGGUCGGUGGGGAGGAUGCAAAGUUGCGUGUCUUCCAUGUCGAGUCCGGGGAGUUCUUGGAGUUCUCAGAGUCUAUUGGUGCUGGGAAGGUGAAGCAGGGUGACACGAUUGUGUUGCUGCGUGGUGCUGGGGCUGUUCUUGAGAGCGCAUGA